AUGGGGACGGGGGACAUUUCGGGUGUGGGAGAGGACUUCUAUCGGGAUCUGGACUCGCCCAAGGGCAGGGGGAGCCGCGGGGCAGGAGGUGAUGCAGACCGUGCAGCCCCUCCUCAGGCCGAGAUCCCCUCAGCACCCCCCAGCUGGCGCCAGGGCACGACCCCCACCCCACAGACCUGGCGUCACUGCCCCGGGGCCCCGAUCCCUGGCAGCCAAGGGGCCGCGGGAGGUUUGUCAGUGCUGGCUGGAGCCCCAGCGCUGGAGCCGUUCCUGGCCGUGCUGCCCCGGGGACGCAGAGCUGGGCGUGGGGGCGAGCGUGCACACCUGCGCCGAGGCCGUGCCCUGGCCGAGGGGUUUCAGGCGGGGCAGGAGCAGGACGAGAAGCCCCAAGUCGCAGUGAGCGUGCAGGCCGAGGAGGUGUCCUCGCACAAGAUGCCGUCCACUGCGGCACUGCAGGACACUGGCGAUUGCUGCCUGGAGGACCCAACGGCCCAUUGUGCGGACAGGCCUGUGGAGGAGUCUGGAGAGAGGGAAACCCCAGGGCCUCGGGACAAGCCACCUGGUCCCCAGAGAGGAGUCCCUGCCCCCCCAGGACUCAGACUGCGGAGACCCAAAGGGCUGCUGCACAAGGUGAAGUUGCAGGUGGAGAGUUAG